GAUUUUUUUUUAAAUGAACAUUUUACUAUUUUUAGUUACAGAAAAAAUUUAGAAGUUAUUUAAUAUGGAUUUUUAAUACUUAACAACAGUUCAUCUUUUUCGCUCACUUUGUUGAACAGUAAGAAUACUGUUGAAUAAUACUGUAAUGUUUUUUUAGCCAUCAUUGAAUGGGUAACAGACUAACAGUAAAUAAAGGUUAAAAAGGGCAUUACUCACAUGUCACAUCAUGUCCCUUUUUCCCCAACCCUACUAUAUAUCUAACCAAUACAGUUUUGGUGUAGGCCUUUUGGUUUGACAUAUCUGGGAUAUUUUCAUUUGUGCCAAGUUCAAAUGGCCUCUGCUUAAAAUUAAAUUUAAAACAUGGCCACAUUUUACUUCUUAGUUCUUCCUAAUAAUUUUACUAAAAAAAAUUAUGAAACAGGUGGUAGAGAAACAACUACCAAAAUUCAUCGCUCUGCAUUGUCAAGAGAUUGGAGGAAAAGAAUACAAAUCAUCUUUACAGCCUGUUAAAGAUUUUUUUAAUAAGCUAAUGGAUUGUAAAGCAUUGGUUAAGUUUUCAACUGUGAGAGGAUAUUUGGAUGGAGACUUUAAUCACGUAGACCAGUAUACAGCUUUGGGAAACUUUUACUUUGUUCAUGAAUCUGCAAAGGAUGUUUUCCUCUUUAAUUACACAGAUAAGGCAUUCACAUCUGUUUCGGGAAAACAAAUUUUCUCCAAGGAUCUUGCAGAAGUUCCAAAUAUUCGUAAGGAAAAGUUUCAACAAAAUUUUUUUCCGGGGUGCCGUUGGUCAAGGAAGGGUUACAGCAGAGUUCGAUGGAAGAUUUAUGAAAAGGAGGUUGAGUUUGUGAACAUUCAUCUGUUCCAUGAUGAUAGCAACUUGGUUUCUAUUAAAAGUAGCCCGUCUCCUUACACUGCAUAUCGUAAAAGAGCGCUUAACUUUGUCACACAAAGGUUAAAAGAGGAUCAGUUUAAUGAGAGCAAACUUCUUUUCAUAUGCGGGGACUUCAACUUUCGGCUGGACUUAAAAGCAUUGGUUCAGAAAAUAUGUCCAACAUCCUGCCAACAAGUAGUGCGUGCUCCAAGUGAUGAUGAAAUAAUUCGUGUAUUGUUUCGCGACAAGCAAUGUGAAACAAUAAAUGGAGAAGAGCAUAAAGAGCCCGAUGUUUUGGUAAAAAUUGAAAAGAAAUUAUUUGAAGUUAAACAAACUUUGUUGAGAGAAAAGUUUGAAUAUCAAUAUUUGAAAUCUUUUGAUUCUGAACUGAGUGACACAGGUUUGGAGUGGAAAGAACAUGAAAUUACAUUCCCACCUACCUAUCCUUUCUCUGAAAAUAUUGCUGACUGUGAGGAUUACAUGCGAACUCGUUGCCCAGCAUGGUGCGACAGGAUUCUCUUGUCACAAACUUUAUGGGAAUGGCUGCAUCAUGAUAAAGCUAAUGUUUAUUACAACACAAUUGGUAGCGAUGUUUGUAUGGGGGAUCAUAAACCAGUGUAUCUAGCUUUCACUGCAAAGCAUGAUCUGCCAAAACAAUCUAACGAAACAAAUAACAGGCAACAAUCAGUAGAAACAAACGAAGAGUGAUGUCAUAGUCACGGUACAAUGACUUCAAUUGUGGUACUGCUGAGAAAGUUAACACACUAGAUUGAUUGUUCUAUAGUGCAAUAAUAAGUUGCAAUGAUUAUUACUACAUUACAAGCAUUCCUAGCCAAUUGUAUUGCACUUCGCUGGUGUUUCUAUAUUCUAGUGUGUAAGUUUCUACUGCGCUUCUAUUGCAUGGACUGAACACUUUACAUUUAAUCAAGUUUUAUGUUUUCAGGUUUUUAACUUUUGAAAUUUUACGUUUUAUGCCAGAUUAAAUUUUUGAUUGUCGGUCCAUAAGGACUGUUAAACUGUUUUAUUACAACCAUAUUGUACCUUCACACACAGUACUUGCUGGUUUUACCCAAUUAGUUUGUAAUAGGUUGUAAAGGUCUCAAUUUUUCGUCACUCGGAUGUAGGCCUACAUGAUAAAACUAAUCGUAUUUAUUCCUUUAUAUUGUGAACACAUUUACAAAAAUGUUCGUUAAUAAAGUAUACGUGUAGGCA